AUGAUCUAUGUUAUAGUCACCUUUACUUUCUUUCCAGCUAAGCCAUAACAUUAAAACUGUGGUCCUACGACCAAAUGGUGGAAAAUUGUGUUGCCUGAUGCUAACACUAAAGGAUGCCAGCUUCCUGACUAUUGAUAAGGUACCAUCUAAGGAUGCAAACGAAAUGAGGAUGUAUCUGGAUGCAGUCCUCCAUGACAGGGUUCAUACUGCUGUGAAACCGUCUCAGGGAUCUGGCAGCUUUGGAGGUGUUCUGGGCAGCAGGACAACCCAGAAGGAAGCUAACAGGCAAUUUCCAUAUAUUGAAAACCAGGUUCCUUCCAAAAGAGUGACUGUGGAGGGAAAGGAAGAAAAUCCAUUUCGGAAGGGGCUGGGCAGCCCAAGUAGAGCAUCUGUUAAGACUUCCCCAGGAAGUGGAACUCCUAGCAACAGGGUUAACAUUUCAGUGUCUCCCACUUCAUCAACUCCUCACAGAACGGGCUUACUAGAAAACCGUGAAAAGAGGAAAAGAACACAGCCCUCUGGUUCAGAGAUGAAUGAAGAUUAUCCCAAAGAGAAUGAUUCUUCAACCAAUAACAAAGCCAUGACUGAUCCGGCAUGGAAGUUUUUAAAUAGUAGCAGAGAGAAACAGCUGAACCUGAAACAGACAGAGGAGAACAGGACAUCAGGGGUUUUGCCUCUACAAUCAUCCUCCUUUUAUGGUAGCAGGUCCACAUCAAAGGACUACUCCACUGGCAAUUCCAACCUGGACAGGUCUAGCAUAUCAAGUCAGACACCCUCAGCCAAAAGAAGCCUGGGGUUUCUCUCUCAGCCAGCCCCACUCUCUGUUAAAAAAAUGAGAUCUAAUCAAGACUACACAGGAUGGAACAAACCUCGAGUGCCCCUUUCCAGCCACCCACAGCAACAGCUACAAGGAUUUUCAAACUUGGGAAAUACCUGCUACAUGAAUGCCAUUUUACAGUCCUUGUUUUCAAUUCAGUCGUUUGCUAAUGAUUUGCUUAAGCAGGGUAUCCCUUGGAAAAAAAUUCCACUCAAUGCACUUAUCAGACGCUUUGCCCAUCUGCUUGCUAAAAAGGAUGUUUGCAGCCCUGAGGUAAAGAAAGAGCUGCUCAAGAAAGUGAAAAGUGCCAUUUCAGCUACUGCAGAGAGAUUCUCGGGUUACAUGCAGAAUGAUGCACACGAGUUUUUGAGCCAGUGUUUGGAUCAGCUGAAGGAGGACAUGGAAAAGUUAAACAAAACUUGGAAGAGUGAGCCAGUGUCUGGUGAAGAUAACUCGCCAGGACGGGCCUCUGAUGACAUCUCAGCCACGAAAGUUUACACUUGUCCAGUUAUCACUAACUUAGAGUUCGAGGUUCAACAUUCUAUCAUAUGUAAAAUGUGUGGUGAAACAGUCACUAAACGAGAACAGUUUAAUGAUCUUUCCAUUGAUCUUCCCCGAAGAAAGAAAUUACUUCCUUCGCGAUCCAUCCAGGAUUCCCUUGAUCUCUUUUUCAGGGCAGAGGAGAUUGAGUAUUCCUGUGAGAAGUGUAAUGGAAAGUCUGCUGUUGUUACACACAAAUUCAAUAGGCUCCCCAGGGUCCUGAUUCUUCAUCUGAAACGAUACAGCUUCAAUGUGGCACUGUCUCUGAAUCACAAAGUUGGGCAGCAGGUGGUUAUACCAAGAUAUUUGACCCUGUUAUCUCACUGUACAGAAAGCACUCGGCCCCCGCUUACUCUGGGAUGGAGUGCGCAUUCUGCAGUUUCUCGACCAUUGAAAGCCUCCCAAAUGGUGAAUUCCUGUACUGUGAGCACUUCCACACCUUGUAGAAAGUAUACAUUCAAAUCGAAGAGCUCCGUGGCACUCUAUGUGGAUUCAGAUAGUGAGGAUGAGCCAUUGAAACGCUCUGUUGCUCACAGUCAAAGAUUGUGUGAUGUACAGAGCAGAGAACAGCAGCAACAGCAAGAAGAGCCUGAAAAGGGUUCAAAACGAAGUAAACCAGAGUGUGAUAAAUCUUCUGACUUGGGAAAUGCGGGUUUCGAUGGAAUGAGCGAGGAUGAGUUGCUAGCAGCUGUGUUAGAGAUUAGCAAGAGGGAAGCCUCAUUCUCUGUGAACCAUGAUGAAGAUAAACCCACAAGCAGCCCUGACACUGGUUUUGGAGAGGACGAGGUGCAGGAAUUGCCAGAAAAUCUGCAGUCUGUAGAGACGGAGAAACCCAAAGUAACUACAGAAUCAGGCCCUGCCAAUUUCACUGAGAUAACUAAAGAUUUUGAUGAGAAUAAGGAAAACAAAACUCCGGAAGGCUCCCAGGGGGAGGUUGACUGGCUGCAGCAGUACGAUAUGGAGCGAGAGCGGGAGGAACAAGAACUUCAGCAGGCACUGGCUCAGAGCCUCCAAGAACAAGAGGCACGAGAACAAAAAGAAGAUGAUGACCUUAAACGAGCUACCGAAUUAAGUCUACAAGAAUUUAACAGCUCUCUUCUGGACAGUGUUGGCUCUGAUGAGGACUCUGGGACUGAGGAUGUUCUCGACAUGGAGUACUCAGAAGCUGAAGCUGAAGAGCUGAAAAGGAAUGCUGAGGUGAUGAUCCAUUGUUUCACGCACUGAAUGGGGAACUAACAUCUCUUCCCGUGUUCAGCACUAGAUAUUAUGGAGCAAGUGCAUCUGUUCAGUCUGAGAGGACCUUGUUAAGUAGCAGCUUCCCAUUAGUAUUGGGAAACAAUGCAUAGUUCAGUAAUCUCCCUUGGUAAGAGCGGGUCCUACAGUGAGAAGAACUGCUG